AUGUUCAUAGUUGAUGAAAGUGACAGAAGUGUAAUGUUGUUCGGAGUUGUAAAAGGCGUGAAUGCUGGUGAACCAGUUGCAGACGUUUGGGGUGUUGUUGGAAGGAGUAACAAUGGGGUACUGGCACUGGCUGAUGGAGUAAACUGGGGCGAAGGAGCUCGCUUGGCUGCUCGUUGCGCAGUUCGUGGCGCAAUUGACCAUAUGAAUGAACACAUAGAAGCGGGCAAUCUGGCCAAUACUACGGAAGUGUUCCAUGAGCUGCUAGCUUCGUUCCAUUCUGCCCAUUCGUUAAUAUUGCAAGAAGGUGGCAUGCUGACUACGCUUUGUGUUGCCGUGGUAGCACCUGCAAUUCAUUGUGAUAGCUGGGUGCUUUGCGUCUGCAAUGUUGGCGACUCACUCUGUUUCGUUUACAAUCGGAACUAUGGAGUUCGUGAAGUCACAAUGGGUAGCCAUGAUAUCGACCAGAUGCGGGAUAUGCGAGAUGCGGGUGGGGCAUUGGGCCCCGUUGAUGGCCGAAAUCCACAAUUACAUAAUCUCACUUGUAGUAUGACUUUCGUUGAAGAAGGAGAUAUUGUGUUCAUCACAUCCGAUGGAGUGUCGGACAACUUUGAUCCAGUGGUUGGGAAGUUUUGUGUAAUAAAACGAGCUGAAACAGAUAACAAGGAAAAUUCGCAGCUACCUCCUAGGGAUAAUAGAAAGCUAUCAGUGCAAGAUCUGAACAUUGUACCUACCAAAUGUGUACGAUUUAGAGCCACCAAGGAUUCACCGUCGAGAGAAUUUGCUCGACCUAGGCCAUGUGCUGCAUCUUUACCAUGCGUGGAUGCAGCCAGCCGUCAUGAACUGAUGCUUGUCAGGAUGAGGGAUAUAAUCGCAAAUGGGAUUGAUCCUCCUAAGGAAGUAAUGCGUCUCUCACCUCGCCGAGAGCCAUUGUUUCCACGAGUGACAGCAUCGGUUCUGUCCCAUCGCCUUAUCCAGUUCGCCACUCACCUCAGCCAGGCCAAGCGACGUACUUUGGAGAAUCCGGAACUUUACAAGAAAGAGAAAAUGACGAAGUCCGAGCAACGAGCAAGAAGGCGGGCUGUGCGGGAAAAGAUUGCAGAUAUGCCUGGCAAGCUGGAUCAUGCUAGUGUUGUGGCAUAUACGGUAGGAAGACGUGAUGGUAAAACAGAAAUGAACUCACCUUUACUCAACGGAAUGAAUGGUCAUGCCCAAUGUGAAUUUAAUUGCUUACCCGAUGACGCUAACGAUGAGGAUCUGACUGUAUGUCGCACAAUCAACGUAAAUAUGGAGAAUUUUACAAGAAUGGACAAGGCAUCGUGUUGUGCUACUUUGACCAUGCGUGGCGGUGACAGUAUGAAAACGACUUUGAAUGUGCGCAUACCUUCGCUACAAAACUCGCCGGUUCUACCACCUCAGACUAGAAGAUCUCGGCCAGUCACAGAUUAUCCACUACGGGAUAUCGUUGAACCGCGGACCCCAGAACGAGAAGAGCGACCGAUCAGUCCGUAUGAACAGUUGCCUGUAAAGGUCCACAGUUCAAGAGACCAGACAGAGUCUUCUGCUGCUAACAACAGUAACCGUCGCAAAAAGCAUGUUAGAGGUUCAGCGGCUCGGCAUACACUUGGCGUUGAUGUACAAUGGCUGAAGAGAUUUGUUGGCAAAAAGGAUGAACCAGAAUCUACACCACCACCAGUCACGCCCACAAAUGAAGAAGGCUGCAAAAGUUCAAUUACGGCGAUGGUAGCUAAUGAACGAGUAUCGCUACGUCAACGUCUUCGUGUAUUACUGGGUUCAAACCGAAAUCUUCACACACACCAUGUGGAUCCACAGAUUGCGCAUGGCACAACUGCUGAUAAGCCAUCCAGGCCACAAUGUCUUGCGCUGAAGAGCAGCUGCAGGGUUUAG